AUGCCGGAGGCCGCCCAGCAGCAUGUGGCGAUCCUGGUGGACGAGGGGCCGGAGAUCGUGAUGAGCGAGCUAGCAGUGCUCAAGUGCCGUUCUGUCUUCGUACCCAUCGAUCCCACGUGGCCUGAUGCUCGCAUCGCCUACAUCCUCCGAGACUCUUCGGCGCGCGUGGCUCUCGUCCUGAGAGCAGCGUGCCGAGUGAUCCGAAACAAGCUCGUCUGUGUGGAUGGAGACGACAUGGAGGUAAGUCACUUGAGAAGCCACAUCAUCUACACGUCUGGUACGACGGGGGAGCCCAAGGGAGUGGUCUGCGAGCACAGGGGCCUCUUGGCCUACAUGCAGAGCAAAGCUCUUGCUCACGAGAUCGACUCUAACUCCCGCGUGCUGCUGGCUGCUGCUAUCACGUGGGACCCUUCCCUUGGCGACAUCUUCUCGACCCUCGCUCAAGCUGCUCUGCUCUGCAUCGCCCCCCGCGCGUCGCUCACCACCAGCCUCUUGGACGUGCUUGUGCAGGGUAGAGUGACCCAUGUCUGCACUACCCCAGCUCUGUGGGGCCUGCUGGAUGGCUCGGUGUCUGCUGCUGACCUUCCCCACCUGAGGGUGCUGGCCCUGGGGGGGGCGGCGCUGACUGCGAGCAUCGUAGCCAAGUGGUCCAGAGCCUUGCGUCUGAUCAACACGUACGGGGUGACGGAGGCGACGGUUUAUCAGACAUGGCACGUGUGCGAUGGGAGGGAAGAGGAUGAGUUCAAGGUUGUGGGCCGACCCUUCAAGGACGUGCUGGUCAAGGUGGAAGGGGAUGAAGGGGAAGGAGGAGCCGUCGAGGGGGAGAUCUUGGUAGGUGGAGUACAAGUAGCAUGUGGGUACCUGAGGCGAGAUGAGCUCACCCGUUCCAAGUUCUUCGAGGAUGAUCAGCAAGUCCGAUGGUUCCGCACAGGAGACGUCGGGCGGUGGAGGAGGAGAGGGGGAGGGGGUAAGAACUCGGACCUCGAGCUUGAGGUGCUGGGGAGGAUAGACUUCCAGGUGAAGCUGAGGGGGUUCCGGAUCGAGCUGCAGGAGAUCGAGUCGGUGAUU